UUUAAAACGUGUAGACCGGUCUGGAAUAGUGUGCUUGUAUACAACUUUUUGAUAUCUUUUAUACUUUUUAAACUAUUAAGCUUUUUAUCCUUUUUUUGUCUAUCUUCAUUCACUUUAAUGGGACUUUUUUCAACAUUCUAAAGCUCCCCAUUGUUUAAAAACUCCCAGACUUCCAACAUUCUAUUUACUGUAAACGAUGUAACUUUUGACACAAAUCAGCUACUUUGACCACUUUCCCAACAAGUAAGACAAAAAGUUAGAGGGUAUGACAUCUUUCUCUACUUCUCUGCUAUUCAAAUUUGAAAUCAAAACAUAAAUAACUUUUACCAAUCAAGAGGUCCACCUGUUUUAGUAACCGCACCAACUAAAUUUUUCUCUAACUUUUUAUAAACUGCCAUUUUGACCACUUUCCCAACAAGUUAGACAACUACUUAGAGCAAAUGAAAUCUUCCUCUACUUCUCAGCUAUUCAAAUAUGAAAUCAAAACAGGAAUGGCGUCUACCAAUCAAGAGGUACAGCUGUUUUAGUAACCGCAUCAACUUCUUUCAGUAGGCUACAUCCCACUGUUGAAUUAACUGUCAUAGAACUUUGAGAAAUUUCAAAUUCUAGCACAUUCUAAGCAUGAGACAAUUAAUAAACAAUGUGACUUUUGACACAAAUCAGCUACUUUGUCCACUUUCCCAAUAAAGCAAGCCCCACAACUUGUAAAGUUACCAUCUAGUUUGUUUUGUUUUUGUUUUACAGGCAUUAAACAGCCAAGCCAUGCUGUAUUGGUUGCAGCAGCUGCAAAUAAAACGGUGGCAGCACAAUACCAGCCUGGUGAAAAUACCUGCAGAGCCCUCCACUACCUCCACACAGCUCUGCCAGCUGCCUUCUGCACCUUGGGAAGGAAGGACAGAGGACUUCCUCCCAGCAGUAAAGACCCCCAAGGGCCUAGUCGGAGACGCCGCAGCCUGUCUGCCAGACAAGCACCCCAUCACAGAGAUACAGAACACAGUCCUCAAUAUCUGUGGAAACAAGCCAGCUCAGGAGCUGAGACGGAGUGUGUUCAACUUUGACAAGAUUCAGCAGUCUGAAGACUGUCCCUGUGAGGAUCCUGUGACACAGAUACUGGGGGAAACGGGUGCAUCCUUCAGUUGACAGGAAACUGCACUGCAAAGUCUGUGUCUCUGCUUAGUUCAUGUCUGGAUCAGUUCAAUGCGGGGACCACCACAGUGGCUCUGAAACUAUUACAUUCUUCUCAUGCAGGCACCUCCAGCACCGCCUGUACCUCUGACACCCCCAGCACCUACAGUCCUUUCAGCUCCUUCAGUUUCUUCAGUUACAAACGAGUCUGCGCAGGAAGCAAAGACUGGAGGAAAGAGUUCUCCAUCAAGCAGCAUGAACAAGAGGGAGAAGAAAAUGACCAGUUCUCUUCAGCCUUCUGGGGAGAAGGUGUCAGGAAAGGAGGGGAGCCCCGUGGACAAACUAUCCAGACUCCAGCACGAGGUGUUCACGCUCACUGAGGAGCUCAAGUCACAAAAGGAGCUGGUGCGACUCCUUCACAAGGCCCUGGAGGCAGCACAGCAGGAGAAGAGGACCAGCAAACAGUUCCUGUCUGCAGCAGGGGAGCAGGAGCGGCUGGAACUGGUGCGGCACAAAGAGAGGUGUAUCGCGGACCUGGACGGCCGCCUGGAGGCCCUGCUCAAAGACAAGGAGGAGCUGGAGCAGCGGCUGGCCAUGCAGGACUGCCAAGUGAAUGAGCUGCAGCAGCACGUGCAGCUCAUGAUGGAGAAGAACAACGCCAAGCAGGAAGUCAUCCUCAAGCUCUCCGAGCAGGUGGCCGCCUGCAUGGCUGACCCCCAGCGUACCGUAGCCAAUUCCAUGGGCACAGAGACCUUCUGCAGGCUGCAGGAGAAGAUUGAGAACCUCAAGGACGAUAUUGAGGCGCACAAGAUCCAAAACAAGUUCCUCAACUGUGAAAUCUACCAGCUUACUAAGCUGUGGAGGAACAGUUCAGAAGAGAAGGGCCUCCUGAUGAAGUGUGCCUACGUGGAGGCCAAAAACUGCCAGAUUGAGAGCAAGUACCUGGUCGUGCUGCGCAGGCUGCAGGAGAGCAAAGGGCUGGACAGCAGUCAGCAGGAGAUGGUGAAAAGGCUCAUUGAGGACUCACUGCAGGGAGACAAGAAGGAUGGCUUUAAACUCAACCCUGUCAGUGAGUAUGACGACUAUGGAUUCAAGACCAUUCCUGAUUAUGAAGUAGAGGACGUGAAGCUCCUGGCCAAAAUCCAGGCCCUGGAGAUCCUUUCCAACAACCUGCGCAACAAUGAGAUGGUGGACAAGCCUUUGCGGACAAGGUGGGCUAACUACCUGGCCAGCCGUCCCUUGGACCAGCUGGCUCCCUCCCCAGAGCUGAAGGGCCUGAUCCGGUGUGGGAUCCCUGUGGAGUACCGGGAGCAGGUGUGGCGCUGGAUCGUGAGGACACGGACGCAGGUCUCUAGGAAGUGGAAUCCCAAUCGCUACCAGGAGCUGAGGAAGCACUGCGAGGUGUCGGAGCACCUGGCCUCGCGGCAGAUCAGGCUGGACCUGCACCGCACCCUCACCAGCAAUAAGCACUUCUCCUCGCCCACCUCCGACGCAGUCCAAAAGCUGCAGCGCAUUCUGCUAGCCUUCUCCUGGCAAAACCCCACCAUCGGCUACUGCCAGGGCCUCAACAGGUUGGCAGCUAUUGCACUUUUAGUUCUGAAGGGUAAAGAGGAUGCCUUCUGGUGUCUGGUGGCUGUUGUUGAAAUCAUAAUGCCACAAGACUACUACAGCAAAACCCUCACUGCCUCUCAGGCUGAUCAGAGGGUGUUCCGUGACUUUCUUGCUGAGAAGAUGCCUCGCCUGAUGGCCCACUUCAAGGAGCACAGCAUCGAUCAUUCCCUCAUCACCUUCAACUGGUUCCUGGUGGUCUUCGUGGAAAGUCUGGUCAGCGACAUCCUGCUCAGAGCGUGGGAUGCUUUCCUCUAUGAGGGCACAAAGGUGAUAUUUCGCUAUGCACUGGCCCUCUUUAAGUACAAUGAAGAGGACAUUCUAAAAAUUCACGACAAUCUGGAAAUCUACCAAUACCUCCGUUUUUUCACCAAAACGAUCUCUGAUGGCAGGAAACUAAUGACCAUAGUGUUUAAUGAUAUGAACCCCUUCCCUAUGAAGCUGCUGAAGAACAGACGAGAGUUUCACAUGGAGAGGCUGACAGCCGAGCUGCUGGAGCUGGAGAGGAUACAGGAGGAGUUUGUGAAAGAACAACAAGUGGAGUGCAAAGACAAGGACCUGGACACUGCUGUCAACGAAGAUGAAGAAGUAAUACAGACUGCAGUUAGCUUGCAUCACACGUCCUGACGUUAUUGAAAAAUUACACAUCACUGAUACUAUUUAAACUAAUUUGUUUGCCUUAUUAUUCCCUGCUGUGGAAUAUAGUGGGGCUUACAUAUUGUGUAUGUCACACAUACAUCUAACUGUUAUCCUUUGUCUGUUGUUGACUAUAUAGGUAUGUCAGACUUACAUUUUUACAUGUACAGUUCGGCUCUUAUUUUGUAAUGGCGCGCGUAAUGUACCGACAUACUUGUUUUAGAGUCAACAAAUUAAGUUUACCAAACCUGUCAAAAUGCAGAAUAUUAAUGGAAAUAGGUGUGUUGGUAAUACACACACACUACAUCUCAGCAGUGUGGAGUAGUGGUUAGGGCUCCGGACUCUUGACCGGAGGGUCAUGGGUUCAAUCCCCGGUGGGGACACUGCUGCUGUACCCUUGAGCAAGGUACUUUACCUAGAUUGCUCCAGUAAAAAUCCAACUGUAUAAAUGGGUAAUUGUAUGUAAAAAUAAUGUGAUAUCUUGUAAGUCGCCCUGGAUAAGGGCGUCUGCUAAGAAAGAAAUUAUUAUUAUUAUUAUCUCUGAAUGCUUGACUUCAAAUCCAGUUUAAGUCACACAUGAAAGGAGUAUGGUGGUCCUAAGCCCUCGGCUUCCACAUCACAAAACCAACACACAGUGCAGCACAAUUGGCACAAAGGAUAAACCUGUUUCUUAUCUCAUAAAACAGCCUUUUACUAUAAUUAUCAUCUGUCAGUCUCUGAAUUUCUUCAAUCAGCAGUUCCAUUCCACUCAGAUCAGUUCAGUAAAUUAUUUUGUAGUUUCCCAAGAAAACAAAAACUCAUUGGAGAUCUUGAAAAUUAAUGUCUUGAAAUGUGAUUAAUUUAGGCCAGGCUAAUCUGAACAAGUACAGAGAUUCCAGUUACUUUUCAGACCGGCAACCAGGUUCCAGAUUUUCUAAACGAGACUAUCUCUGAAAUAAACUUAUUUUUUAUGCA